AUGAGCUGUCAGUGGCCUGUGCUGGUGGGUUGCGCGGCUCUGGGCCCGCUCGCUGGCAUGCAGCUGCAUGCCAAUGGGCGCACCACUCCAAGAGAACUUGCUGUGGACUUGAUUGUGGAGCUGCACCAGCGGCACUCACCGCACGCCGAGCGUUUCCUGGAUGAGCUGCGCUCUGUGUUACCGACGAUGGGGCCCAUGGGACGGGGACAAGUUUUGCGGUGUUUUGCGUUGCUACUGAGCGUGAUGCCCCGGGAGACGCUGGCCAAACUCGACGAAACACAAGCACUGCCAUUGGUGCUCGCCUCCAUCGGGUCUCCAGAUCUGGUCUCGUUGCAGGUCGAGGCGCACAAGCUUGUGCAGGCAUGGAAUCGCCUGGUGCCGCUGGCGGCACGCAUUGAGGCAGUGUGCGGGACCGAGCUGACAGCCAUGCUGCUGGCGCCGGAGACGGAUGCGAGCAUGCUGGGCAAGCUGAGCACUCUUCAACUCCAGCUGCUGCGCAGCAAUGCCGCGUUGAUGGGAACUCGCUACCUCAGCUUCAUCUACCACGCCGACCAGCAAAUGGGACAGUUUCGCGCCCCACAUCAGUGCACCACACGUACCACUUGCUCAUGUUCCACCCCCGACGUCUCCAUCAUCAACACGAAGUUUGCACGCGCUGCUCUCUCUGACGAGACGACCACGAUUGACCCAAUCUCUGCUCGAGCUUGGUUCUAUCACCCCUCACCCACGCUUUGCGACACCCUUUCUCUCGUUGGUCUUUGCCUCCGCAAGCAUACCUCUUCCCCUGAACCGACCGCCUGCCUGACCGACAGACCGAGACGACUGACCGAGACGACUGACCGAGACGACUGGCCGAGACGACGGCACGACACUCGACCCCUCACACCUUACUCUUCCCCCCAAACUCCCUUUCCCUCUCUCUCUACAAACCAAUUCAUCUCUCUCUCUCUCUCUCUCUCUCUCUCUCUCUCUCUCUCUCUCUCUCUCUCUCUCCACACACACACACACUGUGUCUCACCCUUCUUCCAACGUUGGCGUUGGCGCACGCACACAACCAUUUGGUUCAUCACAUUUUUUUUUCUCUCUUUCUCUCUCUCUCUCUCUCUCUCUCUCUCUCUCUCUCUCUCUCUCUCUGUGUCGUCGUCGUGUCGUAGAGCUCCUUCGCCCCACAUUUGGGUGCUCGAGUCACGCUCUCGCGUCUUCCUCGUCAUGGAAUACGCCAAGGGUGGCGAGCUCUUCGAUUACAUUUGUGCUGCAGGGCGCAUUACCAACGAGAGCCAAGCCCGCACCAUUUUCCGUGACGUUGUCUCCGCCCUGGCUUUUAUGCACCAAGAAGGCUUUGCACAUCGUGAUCUCAAGCCUGAGAACAUGAUUUUCGACGAGAAUAAAACGCUCAAGAUGAUUGAUCUCGGCCUGGUCAGCAUGCCUGGUGAGGACAUGACGCGCACUUCAUGCGGCUCGCCCAACUAUGCCGCCCCCGAGGUCAUCGAAGGCCGCCUCUAUCAUGCCCCAACUGGCGACCUUUGGUCCCUCGGCAUCUGCCUGUACGCCAUGCUCUGCGGCUUCUUGCCCUUUGAUGACCCCGACAUGAAGACGCUGGGUGCCAAGAUCCGCAAGGGCGAGUACAAGGAGCCCGAACACCUCUCCAUUGAGGCCCGCGACCUCAUUCGUGGCCUCAUCCAGACCGACCCUGAGAAGCGCUUCUCCAUGAGCCAGGUCCUCUCUCACCCGUGGGUCCUGAAGGACCUGCCCGUGACGGUGCGCAGCUUGGAUAUCAGCUCGACCAUGGCCAAGGACAUUGACAUGCACGUCGUGCGCAUCCUCGCCAAACACUAUGGACAGUCCUUUGAUCGCGUUCUGGAACAAGUCAGCCUUGACGCGUAUGAUCACGUCACCGCCGAUUAUCAUCUUCUCUGCAUCGCCAAGGCUCGCCUCCAACCCGUCACCCUCUCGGCUCUCGGCAAGGGCAUAUGGAAUCCGCGCAUGGCUCCCCGGCCCCCGGCCGACGAAGGCGUCGAAACCAACAGCCACGACCUCGAGCCCCGCGCAAACACCCCACCCAGCCGCGUACCCGCCCCCAUCUCGUCCACCUCGGCUGGCAGCGCCACUAACAGCGGUGGUGCCGUGCCCAACGUCAACGUGGAAUCAGACGAGGAGUCAGACGCGUUCUCCACCCACUCUUCCCGUCGCAACUCUUCCUCCAACCAGCGCCAAACAAGUGGCUCGCCGCGGGGUGGGCGUCGACGAGGCUACACGACCGCCCAAGGCGCUGGCGUGGCAGCCCAGGCGGCCGCCAAUGGAGCUGGCCCCACCUUGCCCAACGGCUCCAGCGGCGGUGUCGGUGCCAGCAACUCACCCCCAUCCAAGAUCAACUCACUCUUUCGCCGUCUUAACCUUAGCUCAGGCAACAAAACCCCGCGCGACGUUCCCAUCGUGGCGGAGGACUACCCUCUGGUCUACCGCACCGGCCUCGAGUUUGCCGACCUUCGCAACGCUCUGCACACCAUUGUCGGGUCGUGGGAAGGCGAAAACAAAUUGCGCGAGAAGGGCUCCAUCCUCCAUCUUUCGGCCCUGAACCACCGCACGGCCUUCCAGGAAAUGAAGCUGUCUAUUGAAAUCCUGCGAAUCGGUACCACUGAUGACAUUGGCCUGCGUAUCAAGCGCGUCAAGGGCGAUCCCAUUGCCUACACUCGCUUCCUUCGCGAUCUGAUCAAACAGCUCACGGACAUUGACCCACGCACCAUUCCGGUUGAUACACCGCCUGCAGGUCGGCUUUGAGAUUGAGAGACUAUAGUUCGUCUCACCGGGGGGCUCUCCUCCGUAAGCAGCCUGCCAGCUCGAUGGUGCCUGUUUGGCUCGACUGACUGAAAGCACGUGCCUCAAUGUUUUCGGACAGCUGCUUCUUCGUCUUUUGACCUUCUUUCUUGAGCUUCGCCCUGCCUUCAUGGAACACCAGGGCUUGUAUAUAAUCACACAUAUAAACACACACUGUGAUCCGCGACUCGCGGGAUCUCUCCUUGUCACGUCACGCUUGCUCCCAUGGUCUGGGGGUCAGUGUUUUCUACUUGUUAUUCUAAUCGACAGAGCUAGACCUCUGCGGACCCUAGUUUGGCCGUGCGCAUGUGCGGGGCCGUUAAUAAGCGAAAUGUUUGCUCGCGUUUUUCCACUCUUUGUUGGUGAACGGGUUUGAUGCAAAUUGUGUUGUUUUAUCCAGUUGUGCGUGUGUCUUGAAGGGAGCUUUUGACAUUUUUUCCAGGCUCCUAAAUCUAGAUCAUUACUU